UCAGCCCUGAGGAGAUGACUACUGUUCCCGUCCAACACUACACAGCACCAGGCCAACGAAGAGAUGUUUGAUUUGGAUGAUACUGCUUGGACUAAACUGUCACUAUUAAGGCCAGACGUACUGACGUGAAGCGGAGGACGUACGUUGACCAACUGUCAAGCUAACCCAACGGCAGUUUACCGGUACAUGAAGCCACAGAGCUGUCCUCAGUUCCAGAGCAGGUGCCGAGUGUGAGAUGUAAAAAGGGGUCAUGCCUUUGGUAAAGAGGAACAUUGAGCCUCGCCACCUGUGCCACAGUGCAGUGCCUGAUGGGAUUGGCAGCGAGCUGGAAUGUGUGACAAAUAACACGCUGUCUGCCAUCAUCCGUCAGCUCAGCAGUCUGAGUACACAUGCAGAAAAUGUUUUUGGGGAGCUUUUUAAUGAGGCAAACACCUUUUAUGGGCGUGCCAACUCUCUCCAGGACCGUAUCGACCGCUUGGCCGUCAAGGUCACCCAGCUGGACUCCAGCGUGGAGGAGGUCUCGCUUCAGGACAUAAACAUGAGGAAGGCGUUCAAAAGCUCCACUGUUCAGGACCAGCAGGUUUUGUCAAAGGGCAGCAUGCCCAGCUCGGUGGCUGAGAUGCACAGCCGAAGCGAUAAGCCUCCUCCCCUCAGCACCCUCACUGCCUACAGGGAGGAUUCUACAAAUGCAAUGAAAUUUUACUCCGACCCUUCUUACUUUUUUGACCUGUGGAAGGAGAAAAUGCUUCAGGACACUGAGGAGAAGCGGAAAGAAAGGCGGAGACAAAGAGAACAGAAGCGAUGUGUGGAGAGCAGCACCCUUCAGCGUGAAGUGAAGAAGGUGAGAAAAGUGAGAAACCGCCGGCAGGAGUGGAACAUGAUGGCAUUUGACAAAGAGCUUCGCCCUGAUCACCGCCAUCCACAAACUCUCCGUCGAGGGGCUUCGUCCGAGGGAUCACUCUCUCCUGACGGCAGGCCUGACCUCCCAGACUACCCCGUCCCUCCUGUGCCUGCCCACGCUGCUUGUAAUUAUGCCAAGUCACAUGAUAAGCCACCCUCGUCACCACCUGUGGAGCAUGAAUACCACAGCAUUGAUGUCAACUACAAGAGAUCGAGCUACGACACUGCAGAGCCCCACAUACUGAACGGCUCAACACAUCCACCUGCAGACUUCAACUCUCCUCCUCCACCUCCUGCCACAGGCCCACCCAUCCCCUCAGCACAGACAGCCUUUGGUUUUCCCCCAGCUGCACUUUCACCAACAUCACAUAACGGAGUUUCACAUAUAGGCCCAGGCUACCCACUCCCACCUGUACCACCUCCAGGACUGCACAUGAUCCCUCCUCCUCCGGGACCCCCUCCUCCACCUCUCCCUCCCCCAGCAGCACCCUCACACCUUGCAGGACGUGGGGAAGGAGGCAGAGGAGAGGCAAAGCCUGUGAGGGAUGCAAGGAGUGACCUGUUGUCUGCUAUUCGUAUAGGCAUCCAGCUGAAGAAAGUCCAGGAGCAGCAGGAGCAGCAGAGCAAGAGGGAACCAGUGGGGAAUGAUGUGGCCACCAUCCUGUCUCGUCGCAUUGCAGUGGAGUACACUGACUCUGAAGACGACUCUGAGCUGGAUGACAACGAGUGGUCAGACUGACAGACCAAGACUGGGCAUGGCAUCUGGUGAUGAUUUGACUUCAGUGCAUACAAAGCUAAAUCACUCUCUUUGGCGCCAUCUAGUGGACUCUACAUCCAAUCCACUGAUGGUAGAGUGCCAUAACCUCAUCUUAUGUCAAUGAUUUGAGUCAAGCUGCAGUGUUUUUAAAUGUGAAAACCACACUAUGAAAUUGAAGUUUUUGAUCUAGUGUUUUAAUGUCUGCUACGGGUGAAUUAUUAAUAAUGCAUUUUUUCCUGUUCUGCCACUAAUGACAUGUGAACUGUGACUUUUCCAACUUUCUAAGCCUAAACUGUGUGUUCCAAUGAGAUGUCCUCUUGUAAUAAUGUGCUAAUUAAACCAAACAUAUCUGGGAUGUCCCAGCACCAGGCCAAAGCUAUUUCCAAAUGCUCCAGCAGAGACACCAAGGCAUAAAUACAAGGCGUAAAUAAUGAAGUGAUUGGCUGGAUUCCAUGUAGCUGCUUCAGUUUAAGGCUCCUGCUGACAUGCAUCCUGUUACACACCAUUAAUAUUUGAAUGGAGACAUCAUUAAGUUUUUAAAAACAUUUGUGGAUUUGCUAUUGUUACAAAACACAAUGCCUACUGGGAUAAUUGGUUUUCUUGCAAGCUAAUAUGGCAAUAUGAAGUAAAACCUUGAGGUUAUUCACUUAUAAAAUAUAUUAUUUAAGGUGUACUGCAUUUUAAAAUAUAACUGACUGAUAGUUUUCUCUAAAUUGUGUACAUUUUGGAUAAAAUACAGCAACUUUUGUAACUGCUACCUCAAAUUGUGUCAAUUCUCUAU